AUGGAAGUGCCGGGUGAACCUCCGUCGCACGGGUCGACUCGGCCGAUGGCGGCGACAGCUCGAGUUAUCGUAGCGCCAGUGACGCACCUAGGGAUUGGUGGACGUCAGCGAAGCAGCAGCUUGGACAGCGAGCGCUUGUGGCGACCGGCGAGCGGCUUCGCGUCCAAGCAGCAUGCUGAGCUGGAGGCCAAGCGGUUGCACAAAGAGAGGCAGCUGCAACGCGAUCGACGGAGGCAGGAGGUGCAGGCUGAAAAGAGAAAGCACGAGGCCGAGCUAGCCAAAGGUCCGAAGCCCAACGACCACGUGAUAGUGGAGGAGGGCGAGUGGAAGACUGUGGUGUCUCAUGGCCGCAGAGCGCACAACGACCGCCGGGCAGCGCACGCGACCACCGCAAUAUUCCUGCCGUUGUCUCUGGGUCCGUCUGCUCUUAAAUUUAGCAAUUUCGCUCGAUGUCAUGACGAGAUGAAAGCUGCUGACGUAGCGAGCAGAAAAAGAAGGCAACAAAUGAGGAGACGACGGAAGACUUCUUCGCAGCGAGCGGAGGCAAAAUCUGAGACGGAAAAUGGAAGGCUAGCGGAUAAUUUGCAUGUGGACGACGCAGUUGCAGAGCAUAACGGGAGGCAAGCCCGCGGAAAUUCGCAGAACCAUAAGCAGACUGGUGCAAUGCACCCACCAGACUACGCUAUGAGGAAAACGAAGAGUACGUCUCCACGCGGGAACGCACAUCAAGGCCACCGCGCUAACCGACGGUCCACCUCGAGAUUAGAUUCGCCCCAAUCGCCGCGCACUGGGUCAGACUCUCAUGGUUCGCCUCGACCAAGGAAAUGUGGCGAUAAACGCGAUUUUUUCUUCCGAAACUUGGACUACGAUCUCCGGAGCCAGUUGCAAGUUGAUGAGGUUGCAGAGUUCAGCGUAACAGACUUCGAGAUGGCCACCAAGAUUUCCCAAUUCGUUCUGGAUCUCUUUUUCCCGUCCAAGGAUGGCACUACGUCGGAGAGUGGUAGCUCUGUUCACGACGAUGGCACUGCGACCACCGAAAAAUGCAAAAAAUACUCAUUGGUAGUGACGGACGGCACCGCGUGCGUUGGAGGAAAUGUGCUGUCUUUUUGCGAUUUUUUUACGCACGUAAAUGCCGUUGAGAACGAUUCUACGCGCAUGCAAAUGCUGCGACAUAACCUGCAGGUCCUCCAAAAGACGAACGUAAAGUGUAUCUAUGCGAACUACCUAGACGUGAUGCUGGAGCUGGAGCAGGACGUGGUGUUCCUGGAUCCGCCAUGGGGAGGACCGGAGUACAAGGGCCUCGACAAGGUGGACCUCUUCCUCGGAGGCUUCCCACUGCACGAUAUCUGCUCGCGGCUGAAAGGAAGCGCCAAGUGCGUCGUGUUGAAAGUACCGAGCAACUUCGACGACGCAAAGUUCUCGCAGCUCGUCCCUGGCAAGGUUGUGAUCCGGCGCGACCUCAAGAAGAUGCACCUCGUGUUGCUCGACUUCCGGUGA